AAUACACAGUUUAUAAUAAUUUGUGUAGUGGUACCUAUCGAAAAAUAUUUCCGUGAAUUUUUACUGAAAAGUGAAAACCUUUACCUACUGUAGGUGGACAGAAUGAUAAUGAAUUAUGAAACUUUGUAACCACUUUGUGACUUCUCGCAUAAAAUUGUGCGAGAUUGGAUUGCAAACAAUACAAAUAAAUUUAAUCUUUUUAAUAUUAAUACCUACAUAAUUAAUAGUACUGUUCUCUCAUUAUUGGAAUUUUCGGUGUAUGUAUAGGGAAAGGAUAUUCAAAUUCAUCGGCAUGAUUUUAAAUAGAAAUGUCAGAGAUAAAGUAUAAAAAUCAAAUUUUAGCCGCAAUUGAUCAUUUACGUGCUCGGAAAUCGCGACCAGACAUAAGCAGAAUUUGCAAAUUUAUGCUCAAAUGUUACAAAGUAGCACCUAAGGACACGAAAGCUGAUUUAAAACGUUGUUUAAAAGAAAAAAGUAUUUAUAAAGUAGACUACAAAGAUAAUGUAAGCUAUAGAAACGCAGCAAAGUGGAGAAAAAAGACAUCAAAAAACCAUACAAUGAGUAGUUCAGCCAUAGCAUCAAACGAAAGAAGAAUAAUAACAUCAGCGAUUGCUACUUUAAUUUACCAAGAUCAAAGUUAUUUGGAAAAUGGUAUUGCUUUUGAUGAAUUAGUUAAAGUAGCUGCGUCCCAAGAUCCAAGAUAUUCCAAGAAACACCUUGAAUCUAUCAUAAAUAAAGAGCUUUCUUCUGGGAGUCUUGUGAAAUUACCAAAUGGAGCCCUCGCAUUGGGUCCAGCAGAUCAUGAUGGAGACAGUUCUGAUAGUUUUAAAUUUGAGUAUAACGACUGCAAUACAAAAAUGACGUCAUCAGCAAACUCAUCAUGUAGAUCAUCUCCACAAAGGAGCCGCGGUAGACCUAAGAAACGAGCAGGUGAAUCAAAUACAAAGAGUUCAAAUUCCAGUCAAAAUGCAGGCGUAAGAGUGGGUGAAAGGAGGAAAAUGGCUAAAAAAGUAUUUGAUCCAUCUGAUAACAAUGUUCCAAGUAAACGAAAACGAGGAAGGCCUGUAGGGUCGUUAAACAAAAGCACAAUAAAGAGGAGGUUGAUGAUUGCUGGCAAAGUGGACAAAGAGGGUACACCAAUAUCAGAAGGUCAACAAUCCCUGGAUGGUAGUGCAGAUGAGAUGGAUCGUGAUGAUGUUCAUGAGACGUCUGGUGUAUGUUCAGUGUGCUUGGUACAGAAGCCACGAGGCUCUAAUGACAGACUUGUUGAGUGCAGGGAUUGUAAUAACAAGGCCCAUCUAUCCUGCCUUCAAUCUGGUUCUGGUAUUCUUAAACCAAGACCAGAUAAUACAUGGCAGUGUCCACAUUGUAAAACUUGUGUGGUCUGCUGUGAAACAAAUGAUGCUGGUAUAUUAACUGUAUGUAACAUAUGUUCAGAUGCAUAUCAUUCAUUAUGCCACUCGCCCCGAAUACCAGAGAGGCUAAAAGCUUGGGAUCAAUGGGAAUGUUGCAAUUGUUUAGACACACGACCACAACUAGUUGACCCACCAGUUAUAAUACCAAAUAAUAAUGAAUACAGCACAAAGAAUACACCAACGGUAGAUCCAUUUUUGAAACCUCAUGAAUUGGAUAGGGGUGCGGCAAAAAUAAUAGAUGAUGGUACCAUAGAUCCAAGUAUACCAGACAUAAGCAAUUGGAAUGUGGAUGAUGUUUAUGAUUAUUUUAUGGAACAUUUGUCUGAGGCUGCACCUAUUUUGAGAGAUCAGGAAUUUGAUGGUCAGGCACUGAGUAUGGCGCGAAGAGCUGAUAUAGUCAGAGGAUUGGGACUUCCACUUGGCCCUGCACUAGCAUUAUAUCGUAUUGUAGUUAAAUUACAGACAAGGAAAGAUGACUGGCGGAUGUGUUGGGGCUAAACCACCAUAAAUGUUUACAUUGAUGUUACCUUUGAUGUACUUAUUGCAUUUUAAAUUAAAUAUUUAAGAAUUGA